AGCCUCUGCGUUUGAAGUUUAUAAAAUGCGACGACAUUUCUGUAUAAAGUAAAUGUAUAAAGUUGAAAACAAUUACGAACUGAUAUUUCAAGAAAAAUGUCACAAAAAGAAAAAUUUGUCGCGAGAAUACGGUAUUAUCGGACUAGUUUGAAAGAACGAAUACCGGAAGAAGACAGUCUACAAUAUUCCAUCUUUGUUACGAUCUUCUGUUGUCCACCUCUCGGACUUUGGGCAAUUUACAACCAGUGGAAGGCCCGAGAGGAUACCAAGAAAUCUAAUUAUGAUGCAGCUAAAGCCAAAGUGGAGCUGGCCAAGACGCUCAAUGAAUUUGGAGUAGUUGUUGGAUUUUUAAUAUGGAUAAUUAUCUGUAUUGUCAUUGCUGCUCGAUUUGCAUUUCUUCAAAAGGUGGUUGCUCAUUUUGCUUCUAUGUUUGCCAACCAUGCAGAUGUUUUUCGAAUCUACGAAGACUAUCCAAAAUCAAAUGGGACCAAAUAGAUUCUAUAUUUACUUCUGAUCGAAAUUUUGCAGUACUUUUGGGAUUCUAACAAUGAAAAGCUAUUAUUUUUUCAAUUUUGGUCAAUUGAUUUAUAAUUUUCGUCCUCGGCGCUUGAAUGUCCCGCUUGAAUACUAUUUACUUGUUACGCAGCUUGACUGUGAAGGAGCAUGUUAUUCAUUUACCAGAUCCCGAUUAGCAAAUUUUGAGCCUAGCUUGUUACUCUAUUCCUAAAUGCUUCCUUUCGUUAAAAAUUAACAAAAUUUAAUUUAUUGUUCCCAUUUCGGAAAUUUAAAAUGACUAUAACUUUUUACCAACAAUCAUAUAAACUUGGUAUGGCCAAAAUACCUAUUUUAUUUUUGUUCAAAACUUGCAAUAACAAGAACGAAAAUUUGCCGAUUGGGUGAUUUCAUACGUAGAUGUUAACAAUAUUCAACAUUCUAUGUGACUAUUCUUACGGACUUUUAAGAUUGUAGUCGUAGCGUGAUUUUUUAUCUUAUCAUUUAUACAUAUACACGUAGUAGUUUAUUUUUUUCAUCAAUAAUCUGGCAAUAAAGUAAAGAGUGGCAACAUAAAAAAUAAACAGAAACAAUCGUGGCAGUUGAACUGGGCAGUUAUAAAUUAGUAAAAUUUAAAGACGUAUGCUUUCAAUUCCAGAUCCGUAUACUAGUAUCAGUUGCUUCGCGUAAUCUCGUUUCGUUAAAACAUCUCUAUAUUCCUCAGCCCUGUCAUAUAGUGUAUGCUCUGUUUUAAACUGCAAAGGCGGACUGAUUUCAUUCAAAAAGAAAAAUAAUGUAGCAAUUUAAAUAUUGUCGAAAAAAGUAAAAAUUUAUUAAAUUGACAAAGUAUUAAUCUUCAAGAAAUCGUGUGUAAAGUAACAACGUUAUAUUCAAGAUCUGUCCAUGCACAACCGUUGAAGUCAAUUCGGAUGAUGUUAAUUUCAAAUUGGAGAUUUAUAGUCAAAAUUUAAUUGGGAGUUUUUACCCAAAUGGGCAGAUUUAUGAAAAAAUUGGCAUGACUAUACAGUUUGCGAUUAAAAAUUUCAUUUUUGUUUACACAAAAUUUUGGGAUAUUGUGACGUCACAAUAUCUAUAAGAACCUCGGUGAUAAAAUAAACACAAAGCAUUGAAUGGAAAUUCAUUUUGA